AUGAGUCUGUUUUGCUGUUUGGCAGUGGUUAUCACAGAGGGAGAUAUCUGGGUGUAUGGGGUGUGCUCUGUGGCUGUGGCUGGAAUCACAUUUCUUUUCCUCUUGGCCAACACUGACCUCUUCCUGAUCACAUCAGCUCAGGCCUCACUGGACUUCCUGUCUGAUGCAGACCUCAGAACUACCACCCAAGUGGAGAGAAGCCUUAAAGCAGUCAGCCUGUGGGAGAGCACUGGGGCAGUUAUCAUGGCAGUGAGACGCCCUGGAUGCUCACUGUGCAGAGAGGAGGCCUCUGCUCUGUGCUCUCUGAAGUCUGAACUAGAUGAGCUUGGAGUUCCACUUUAUGCUGUAGUGAAGGAGAACAUCGGCACAGAGAUACGAGACUUCAAACCUUAUUUCUGUGGCGAGAUCUUUGUAGAUGAGAAGCAACGCUUCUAUGGUUCAGAGCCACGGAGAAUGAAGGCACUGGGUAUUGUCCGUUUGGGGGUUUGGCGGAACCUCCUCUUGACCUGGAAGAAGGGUUACCGUGGCAACAUGAAGGGGGAGGGUUUUGUUCUGGGUGGCCUUUUUGUGAUUGGGCCAGGAAAGCAGGGCAUCCUCCUGGAGCACAAAGAGAAGGAAUUUGGAGAUAAAGCGGACCUUUCAUCUGUCCUUGAGGCUGCAAAGAAAAUUCAGAAAGAAAAAUAA